AUGGCGACUACGGCGACCAUUCCUCCCGACCCUGAAGUCGAGGAAGAAUACGCGUCUUCCGAAGACUCUGAUUUUGCGCCAGAAGAUGCCGGAGCCCGUGAAUCUUCACCUGACGAUUCCGACGACGAGGAUGUGCCGCCAGAUGCCACAUCUGCGACUGCACCCAAGCGCAAGCGCAUCGCCAACAACGAAGAACCACAAAAUGUCGGUUUCGAAAAUUCUGGAGACGAGGCCAUCAUAGAGAAAGCCAAGACAAAGCGACAGAAGAAGGCCAGGAAAGCGAACCAGGAUGGGGACGACGGCGGCGACGGCGGCUUGAUCAAGACACGCAGUCAACGAGCGCAAGAGAAAGCUGAGCGGAAGGCAAUUGCCGUCUCUGGCCCCGUCACCGUCGACAUCGAUGCGCUAUGGGCCCAGAUGAAUAACCCAAACCCUGCUGUUCAAGCAAGCCACCAGGCGGAUGUUGCCACCAAGGUUGAGGCCGUUGCAGCCGCAGUGGUCAAUGCUGGUGAUACGGACAAGACAACUACCACGGAAAGUACCACUCAGGUUCCACAAACGAUCAAAAUAAAAAGGACAUACAACUUCGCCGGGAAGGUUCACACAGAGGAAAAACUUGUCUCGCGAGAUUCGGCAGAGGCCAAGCUUUACCUCGAGUCUAUCGGAGAAGGCGCAAUACCGGAGGCAGCUCAUGAAGACGGCGAUCAGCCAAGGAGGAGGCCCAAGAAGGCAUUUCGAUCUGCGUUCGAGCCAAUAUCAGACCAGCUCGCGUCUCGCAGAGACCUGAACCUGGGAAUAGCGGCCAGGAUGGAGGCCAGGGAUCUUGCAAAGGAUGCCAACGCCAAGAAGCUCACAACAGUCGAGAAGAGCAGGAUGGACUGGGCUGGCUACGUUGACAAGGAGGGCAUCCAGGAUGAGCUCAAGCUCGCUGGCAAAUCAAAACACUCCUACGCCGAGCGGCAGGGGUUCUUGGCUCGUAGCGAGGCAAGGAGGGAAGACGAUGCAAGAAAAGCUCGUAUGGCUACGCGGGCUUAA